GACACUUCUUGGUACCUUACCUUUGCAGCUGAAUUCGACCCUGCAGAGUCUCGUCUUCACAAUCCUCCUCCUGCUGCAAUCUCUCCAACAAAGACAUCGCCCCAUUGCCGCGACGAUUGACAUCACCUUUAGCGACGGGGAUAGCUCUUCUACUAGUUCUAGCUUCGCACGAGACACGACUGGACGACCUCAUCCACCGACACCUCACUCACCGAGACCGUCUCCUCUCCCCAUCGCGCCUGCCUUCAAGCUCCCCUAUAUCCACGUCUGGGACCACUGUCUUGACUUCAUCUCCUCGUCAAGGUCGUACAAAGGCCCGCCCCGCCGACGACAAACAGCCCGCCCUUCACUGCCGUCGACUUUUCCACCUCCUCCUCCUCCUCCACGCAUUCCUCCCAACCUCUCCACGCAGUCCAAUAAGAGCAGGAACACAUCGAGCGCAGGCAAACCAGCGUGCCCUCCUUGUCGUCGCCCAGCUCUGCGAUCGACGAGCUGUGACGACUUCACCACCUCGAUCGACCUACAGUGCUAUUCUGCAUCGAUCCGCGAUUCACGCCAUCCUUCACGCCUGAUCUCCUCCACUCUCGAAUCGCUACGGUCACUCCACCACCCCUACCGCCAUCAUGUCGAGAACCGCACAGCAACAGCAGCAGCAAGGCUCGCGCAAGAUCUCCUUCAACGUGUCGGAGCAGUAUGAUAUUCAAGAUGUGGUCGGAGAAGGCGCAUAUGGUGUUGUCUGCUCGGCGUUGCACAAGCCAUCCGGACAAAAGGUUGCGAUCAAGAAGAUUUCGCCCUUUGAUCACUCCAUGUUUGCGCUCCGCACGCUCCGCGAGAUGAAGCUCCUCCGCUACUUCAACCACGAGAACAUCAUCUCCAUUCUUGACAUCCAAAAGCCCAAAUCUUACGAGACCUUCACCGAAGUCUACCUCAUCCAGGAACUCAUGGAGACGGACAUGCACCGCGUCAUCCGCACCCAGGAACUCUCGGACGACCACUGCCAAUACUUCAUCUACCAGACCCUCCGCGCGCUGAAAGCCAUGCACUCCGCCAACGUCCUCCACCGCGAUCUCAAACCCUCCAAUCUCUUGCUCAACGCUAACUGCGAUCUCAAAGUGUGCGACUUUGGCCUGGCUCGCUCUGCGGCCAGCACCGAGGACAACCAAGGUUUCAUGACUGAAUACGUCGCGACUCGUUGGUACCGUGCACCCGAGAUAAUGCUCACGUUCAAGGAGUACACGAAAGCGAUCGACGUGUGGUCCGUCGGAUGCAUCCUCGCCGAGAUGUUGAGUGGGAAACCCCUCUUCCCGGGCAAAGACUACCACCAUCAACUCACCCUCAUCUUGGAUGUUCUCGGCACACCGACCAUGGAGGAUUACUAUGGCAUCAAAUCUCGUCGCGCGAGAGAGUAUAUUAGAAGUCUACCUUUCAAGAAGAAGAUUCCGUGGAAAGCCAUGUUCCCCAAGACGUCCGAUUUGGCCUUGGAUUUGCUGGAGAAACUACUCGCGUUCAAUCCUACUAAGAGAAUCACGGUGGAGGAGGCACUCAAGCAUCCAUACCUCGAGCCGUACCACGACCCGGAGGAUGAGCCGAAUGCGGAGCCCAUCCCGGAGGAGUUCUUCGACUUCGACAAGAACAAGGACAACCUUUCAAAGGAGCAGCUGAAGCGACUGAUUUACGAAGAGAUCAUGCGGUAA